AUGACUCUUCCUGGCAAUAUAUCGGCGCUAGGGUUACCCGCGGAGGAGAGCUUUUUUAUGCAACAUUACAUUCAGAACAUCGCGAGGAUAGCUCUCGCUAUCGACUAUACUGGGAACGGAUAUCGCUCGUUGCUGCCUAUGGCCGCGCAAGAGCCCGCGGUGUUAAACGCCGCCCUCGCAGUUGCCGCUUCCCACCAUAGCCGCUGGCAGCGCAAGGCCGAUACAAUGUCUCGCAAGUAUCUCAAGGCCGCCUCUAAGGCUCUCCGAGAAAGAUUCUUGGCUCCGGACCGUAUCCACGACCCAGUUACCCUGGCGUCCAUGUUGCUACUGGUCUCAUUCGAGGUAUUCUCAGGCUCUAGUCGGUGGAAGGGCCACUAUGAUGCCAUCCGCGGCUGGAUCCGAUCUCGAGGCGACUGUUCAGAUCUCGACCCAUUUUUGAAGACAUGGGUUUGUUUGCUCGAUACUCAGACAGCUCUCAACCUAGGACAGCCGGCGAUGGCAGAGUUGGAGUCUUGGCUUGAUACGACAGCCACGCCAGGGGAUCAAGAAGAAUUCGUGGACGCUCUUUUUGGCUGUUCAUCCAGGUUACCCAAACUUAUGUGGGCGGCUUCCCGAUUAUACGCAGCCUCCAAAGACAACCAACUCAUGCCAGAACAAUUACAAAAUCAGGUCGACAUCCUACAGUCUCAGAUCCGGUCGACUGCCAUAAUACUCGAAUCAAGUCCUCUUGUGAACAUUUCAUGUCGGACUACCACCCAGCCCUUCGCCACUGUUGGAAUGGGACAAGAAGAGCUACGACGGAGAAUGGUCGCCACAGCGGAAAUAUUCCGGCAUUCAUCCCACAUCUAUGUACACCGCAUUCUCCAUGGCCCCGAGGAGCCACUCAACAAGGAGAUGCAGGCAUCACUUGACACCGCCCAGGAGCUCCUAACCAUGGUCCCGGAUGCGCUCGGCCCUGGCGCUAAUCUCGGCUGGUGUCUUGUUGUCAUCGGUGCUGAGAUGGACCGCGUUCACCAAAGGGAUUACGUCCAGUCCAGGCUGGAUGGUUUACAUUUACUCGGUAUUCACAACACUAAGAACGGUCAGAAGAUCCUCGAUGAGGUCUGGACCCGUCGAGACCUCGUUACUCGCGGACAGGCCGUGCCUGAGAGGUGGCAGGAUACUAUGCAACGGAUCGGGCAGUCGCAGAUAUUGGUCUGA